AUUAUGAGAAGAAACUUCACUUCCGUAAGUGAGUUUAUUCUCCUGGGACUGACCAAUCGCCUGGAGUUACAGAUGCUCUUCUUCCUGCUGUUUCUGGUCAUUUACAUGGUCACAGUGGCAGGGAAUCUGGGCAUGAUUAUACCCAUCCAGGUCAAUGCCCAGGUCCACACACCCAUGUACUUUUUCCUGAGUCACUUAUCCUUUGUGGAUCUGUGCUUCUCCACCAAUGUAACUCCAAAGAUGCUGGAGACUUUCCUCUCAGAGAAAAAAACAAUUUCCUAUCCUGCUUGUCUGCUGCAGUGUUACUUCUUUAUCGCCUUUGUCCAUGUGGAGAUCUAUGUCCUGGCCUUGAUGGCCUUUGACCGGUACAUGGCCAUCUGCAACCCUCUACUUUAUGGGAGCAAAAUGUCCAAGACUGUCUGUACAUCCCUCAUCACGGUGCCUUAUGUGUAUGGAGCCCUCACUGGCCUGAUGGAGACCAUGUGGAACUACAACGUGGCCUUCUGUGGCCCCAAUGAGAUGAAUCACUUCUACUGUGCUGACCCUCCGCUGAUGAAGCUGGCUUGUUCUGACACCUACAACAAAGAAACAUCAAUGUUUGUUGUGGCUGGGUGCAACCUUUCCUUUUCCCUCCUCAUUAUUCUUAUUUCCUAUCUUUAUAUUUUUCCUGCCAUCCUGAGGAUCCGCUCUACAGAGGGCAGCCACAAAGCUUUCUCUACCUAUGGUUCCCAACUGACAGCUGUCGCCAUAUUCUAUGCAACUCUUUUUUUCAUGUACCUCAGACGCCCCUCAAAGGAAUCUGUGGAACAGGGUAAAAUGGUGGCUGUAUUUUAUACCACAGUUAUCCCCAUGUUGAACCCCAUGAUUUAUAGACUUAGGAAUAAAGAUGUAAAAGAGGCAUUCACCAAAGGGCUGUUGAGAAAAAAACUACUUUCUUAA